AUGACAGCACCAAAAAUUGAUGCACCGGAUGUUGGAUAUCUAACUAGAAAAGUAUAUAAAGAGUUGACUAAACGGCAACGCGAAACUUUUCAAGGCGCACCCUUCUUUCCAAUAUUUGCUAUUGAAGUUGCAGACAUAUCAAUAAAGUCAAAAUUCGAAAAACUGGAUCGCAAAAUAAAAGACGAUUAUUUUGCACCAGAAUCAAGUGUACAACUUGCGUGGUUGAUAGAUCCUGUGAACAAAAAAAUUCAUUUAUAUAGGAGAGGUAUGAGGCGCCAUUCAUGGGGGUGGAGAGACAUUGGCGGUGGUCAAGGAAAUUUUAACGUUUUGAAAGAUACCUGGAAGAAUCCGACCUUCGAAUCCGAACUUGCGAAGACAUUGAACGAGAGGACAUACCAAAGCGACCGUUGUCGUAUCCGUCCUCAGCGCGUCGCUGAAAAAUCUUCUCAUCGGAGAUUUCCUUUUUAUUAG